AUGCCCCAAGCAUCAGUGAUUCUUCACCCGGGACACCCCGCGACAGGCGCCAAUCAAGACGAAUUGGACAUUGAGGAGGACGUGCGAGGAUUUGCAGGACUCAGGUACAGCGUCAACAUAUUCCUUCCAUGGUCAAGAAGAACCGCACCCGGGGUCGCAUCGCUGAAUCGGCAAGGGACAAAAGGCUCAGGCAUGUUGAAACUCUCCGUCGAAGACAGAGCGAGGCUGAGCCAGCACAAGACCCUAAGCGACGAUGACAAUGAUAGUUCGCGCGAACAAAUCGCCGAAUUGCGGGACGAAGAUGUGGACAGCGAUGUUGAAUCGGCCAUCGCUAGCAACGAAGACCUCGACCGCUACGAGGAUGACUUUGUGCUUGAAGAUGAUAGUGCGAUGCUGGGCGUGCCUACUGAAGAGAUUCCUCUGGAGUUUACACGGCACGCAUAUAAACAGCUAAAAGAAUACUUCCGCGACGUGGUCGGGUGGAUGGUCCAUAACCGUCUUGACCCAGCCUUCCCACGUUCCGACGCCAUGUAUGAAAUGGCAUUCAUGAAAUUGGAAGACGAGGUCAAGGGCCGUGCUGGCUCCCAGCUAAUCUCUUCCGUUUGGGGGACCCAAGUUCCGCUACUCCCUCCUGGCCCGGCCACACAUGGAGAUCACUGCGUUUCCCACGGAUGCAAACCAUCCAGCCCCUCAUCGACGACAGUGACGAGGACUCAGCCCGAACAGAUUGGUGAUUCCGACGCAGAAGAUGGACAAGGGCCGGAUCGUGACAGAGAUGGCCGUGUCUUGCCGGAUGAGAAUAUCCGCUUUUUUUUGGGAAGACAUUGCAAGAACAAGGCCCAGCUGGCCCACACCCUCACCCACUGGCGCUUUCACCUCAAUGAAUGGGUCGUUGACUAUCUCGAUCGCAUGGGCCACAUGGCCGACGCCGAGAGUUCCUGCGCCGAAACAACCUGA